AUGGCGGUGUGUUUCAAGUGUAAGCAGUCGCAGGGCGUUUUUCGCAGCCGUGACGGUGCCACCAAGCCGUACUGCGCGGACUGUUUUGUUGAGUUCUGCACACGGCAGAUACGAGACAAUUUAUUUAAGCAUUGCGGCAUGCCGUGUGAGGUGCCACUUGCUGUUGCUGUUUCAGGCGGUCACAGCUCCAUGUCCAUCCUCCAUCAGCUGGGAGUGCUGCGGGCACAAAACCGAAUGCGUCCAGAAUGUGGUCAAGUCACCUUUACAUUUAUUCCGUUCCACCUGCGAGAGGAUGAACUUGUUUUGCCGCUGCUGGCAGAGGAGGCGGAAGAGAAUGCGGGGGUGGAUCCGCGGCAGGAAGAACUGCGUUGUGUUGCUGCUUCCAUGACCGAGCAGUUUGAAAAACUGGAGACGAUGAUACGGACGCAGUGCGUCCAGUGGAAAUUUGCCAGUGCCCCUCUCUUCGCGGAGGGUGAGGUGUGUGUGGUGCGCUACAGCGAUUACUUAUCACCGGGAGAGUUGCAGGCGUUUCGUGGGGUUUUGCAUCAUUCUCGUCUGUCAUUAUCGGACCGGGAGCUCCUGUAUGAACGGCUGCGGCAACGUGUAUUGACGGCUGCCGCCUUGGAAUGUAUUCAUCGGUGGCACCGCACAAGGCAAGCACCAAGUGCCGUUGGUUGGUAUCAUUUGUUGACUGGAGAGAAUGCCCUUCGCUGCUUUAUGACGACGCUACGUGAGGUUAUGAGCGGGAACGGCCAGAAUACCGUUCAUCUUUCUGGUUAUCGUGGAUUUGUCGGUCAAUGUCUUGUCCUGCGCCCACUACGCACCAUGCUGCCACAUGAGCUUGUGAUGUACUGCCGCACACAGGGCAUCCAUGCGGCAUACUCCCCUUCACUGAGCACCCAGACGAGUCUGCGGUCUAUGAAUCGCACGCUGGAGUUAUUUUUCAACAAUAUGCUGCGAACGUACCGCACCUCUGUAUUUAACGUGUUGAAUACGGUCAACAAACUCCAUGUGGAGACGGCACCAGAGCUUACAUGUAUGGACCCACAACGUGGAGCAUCGCAGCAGCAGGCGAAACGUGUCCUACUUGGAAAGUCGGCUCAGCACCACUAUGAAAAGUUGCAGACGAUGCAACCCCCACACUACUCAUGGUUUGGCGGAAGCGGCAUGGAGCCGUUCUCCCCACGGAAUGACGACCGUACCCAUCAACUGUGCUUGCUUUGUGCAUGUCUCAUUCCUGUUCCUGACGGACAUGCCGUUAUGCCUCAAACAGGAGGACGGCGGUUCAUUUGCAAAGCCUGUAUGACUUUUUUGCAGGGCCUUCCGGAUGAUUUCAUCACUGUUGUGCCGUCAGAGAUAAACACACGGAACAACCGCACGGGCGAGAAAUGGGCACGGCGAAUAACGGAGUUGUCAGACAGUGGCUCACUAGACGCCUUCUCUUCCUUGGCGGCACGGAUGGAGGCACUGAUGCGGACUGCAGAUGCCACUGCCGAAACAGGUAGGGAAAAGGAUAUAGUGGAGACGCGAAACGUGCGUUGGCGGCUGAGUGGGCACGAUGUGAGCGGUUUUCUCUUGCAAGAAGACGGAGAGGAUGAUAACGUGGGUGAGUGA